AUGGGAAACCUUCAGCACCACCGCCGCCGCUGCCUCCUCCUCCUCUGCUUCUGCUGCACGUCAUGGUUUCUGCCGCUGGAGGCUAUGGAGCUGCGGACCUACAUCGUCCACCUCCACCACACGGCCGGCUCUCCGGGGACCACACUUGAAAGCAAGCUCGAAUGGCACCUCUCCUUCCUCCGGCAAACGACGACCGCAUUGGAGGAGGAGGAGGAGGGCCCCUCGGGGCGACUUGUCUACUCCUACCGAUCCGCCGUCAACGGUUUCGCCGCCCGUCUAUCUGCAGAGGAAGUUGACGCUCUACGGCGCAACACCGGCGUCGCCGCGGUCCACCCCGACCGCCGGCUCGAGCUGCACACGACCUACUCGCACCAGUUCCUGGGGCUAGGUUUCUCCCCCGGCGGCGCCUGGGCCAACUCCGGCUACGGGAAGGGGGCCAUCGUCGGGGUCCUCGACACCGGGGUCUGGCCCGAAAGCCCGAGCUUCCACGACCGGGGCAUGCCCCCAGUGCCGAGACGGUGGAGAGGGAUCUGCCAAGAGGGGCAGAGCUUCAACUCCUCCGCCUGCAACCGUAAGCUCAUCGGUGCGCGCUUCUACGGCAAGGGGCACCGGACGUCGACCUCCGAGCCGGGGCUGUCCCACGUCGUGGAGUACGUCUCCCCGCGCGACGCCCACGGACACGGGACACACACGUCCUCCACGGCGGCGGGCGCCGUGGUGGAGGGCGCCAGCGUGCUCGGCGUAGGCGGCGGCGUCGCCGCUGGGAUGGCCCCGGGGGCCCAUGUGGCCGUCUACAAAGUCUGCUGGUUCAACGGGUGCUACAGCUCCGACAUCCUCGCCGGGAUCGACGACGCCAUCAGCGACGGCGUCGACGUGCUUUCCCUCUCCCUGGGGGGAUUCCCGCUCCCACUCUUCGAGGACAACAUCGCCAUCGGCGCCUUCCGCGCCAUGGAGAAGGGUGUGGUGGUGAUCUGCGCGGCGGGGAACAACGGGCCGGCGCCGGGCUCCGUCGCCAAUGAGGCCCCCUGGAUCGUCACCGUCGGCGCGAGCACCAUGGACCGGCGGUUCCCGGCCUUCGUCCGCAUGGGGAACGGGCAGCUGCUGUACGGCGAGUCCCUCUACCCUGGGAACCAUUUCAGGAACAUCCCCGGCCGGGAGGUGGAGCUGGUCUACGAGGACGGCGGGAACGGCGGAGGCGAGUUCUGCUUCAGGGGGUCUCUCGCCAGGGCCAGGGUCGGCGGGAAGAUGGUGGUCUGCGACCGCGGGGUCAACGGGCGGGCUGAGAAGGGAGGCGUUGUGAGGGAAGCCGGAGGGGCGGGGAUGAUCCUGGCUAACCAGGAGAUCAACCAGGAGGAGGACUCGGUGGACGUCCACGUCCUGCCGACCGCCCUGGUCGGCUACAACGAGUCCCUCCGUCUGAAGAGCUACAUGAAGUCGACGGGGCGGCCCGUGGCCCAGAUCGAGUUCGGUGGGACGACGGUCCGGCGAGCCAGGGGGCCGGCGGUGGCGCUGUUCUCCUCCAGGGGGCCGAGCCUUACCGACCGCUCCGUCAUCAAGCCAGACCUGGUCGCUCCGGGGGUGAACAUCAUCGCCGCAUGGCCGCAGAACCUGGGCCCCUCGGGACUGCCGGAGGAUUACAGAAGAGUCAACUUCAGCAUCCUCUCCGGCACCUCCAUGUCCUGCCCACACGUCAGCGGGAUCGCCGCUCUGGUUCGCGCUGCCCACCCCUCGUGGAGCCCCGCCGCAGUCAAGUCCGCCAUCAUGACCUCCGCCGACGUGUUCGAUCACUACGGGAAGCCCAUCAUGGACGGCGCGAGCCCCGCCGGAGUAUUCGCCAUCGGCGCUGGCCACGUGAAUCCGGCGAGGGCCAUGGACCCCGGUCUAGUCUACGACAUCAGACCAGAAGACUACGUCGUGCAUCUCUGUACUCUGGGGUACACCGGCUCCGAGAUCUUCACCGUCACGCACAGGAACACCAGCUGCAGGGAGAUCCAGGCGAAAAACAGGUACUUCAGCCUCAACUAUCCCUCUGUUUCAGUGGUCUUCAAGAAGGCAGAGACGACGAAGAUCAUCCAGAGGCGAGUGACCAACGUGGGUCCGCCCAACUCGACGUACAUCGUGCGAGUGGCGCCGAUGGACGGGGUCAGAAUCAGGGUCACCCCGCCGGUCCUCACCUUCAACGCCGCCCACCAGAGUAAGAGCUACAGGGUGUGGUUCCAGUCGAAAAAGAGGACAGUGAAGGGGAAGACGCGCUCCGAGGAAGGGGAUCUGACCUGGUUCAGCAGCCGUAACCGACGCCACAGAGUGAGAAGCCCCAUUGCCGUUACCUGGGCAGGGUAG